AUGACAAACCCAUCUUUAUCGAUGUUACGACAUAUAAAAAAUUAUCUUUUGGUAAAUUUAAAAGAGAUACAAAGAGAUUUGGUCAAUAAAGUUGGAUUUAAACGUGGAGAUGUUUUGGCCAUACAUUCUCCUAAUCACCUCGAUUAUCCCAUCGUGAUUCUUGGAGCAAUUGCAGCUGGAGGAAAGGUUACCUCAAUCAAUUCAUCAUAUACGGCUCAUGAAAUCAUUCAUCAAUUAAAGGAUUCUGGUGCAUCUGUUAUUAUUGUUAUUCCUUUAUUGCUUACAGUCGCGAUCAAGGCCGCAGCAGCAACAAAUAUUUCCGAAUCUAAUAAUUUUUAUUUGGGAUACCAAGUGGCUCCAGCCGAACUUGAAUCAGUAUUACUUACUUAUCCAUCAAUUGCUGAUGCUGCGAUAAAAGAAGAGAUUAAAGAAUUUGUCUCCCAAAGAGUUUCUAAUCAUAAAAGAUUACGCGGUGGUGUAUAUUUUACUGAUCAAAUUCCUAAAAGUCCCUCUGGUAAAAUUUUGAGAAGGUUAUUAAGAGAUAGAUUUAAGAAAAAAUAUAUUUCAAAAUUAUAA